AUGUAUACCUUGCCCAGCAACCGCUUGCUGAAGUGCCGUACGGCAGCGCCUAGGGAAUUCGGUGUGGCCACCUUCGGACAUCAUAUUCUGGAGCUUUGCCGGUCCCUUGACGGCCUCGCACGCCUUCAGGCCGAUGUGCCCACGCCUGGCUGCCUGCAUGGCAAAGACAUUACAGCCGCCAACCUGUGGAUGUGCGGCGGGGCCGUACGCUCCAGCCUUCACUACGACCCGCACCACAAUCUGCUGGUAGUGGUUUCGGGGCGCAAGGUGGUGACUGUCGUACCGCCGUACCUCACGCACUGCCUGUACCCCAUGACCCUCACAGUGCCCUUUUCGGACACACAGCCCCCCGCACAACACCCGGCCUACCUCGCGGCGCUAGACGCGGCUGCGGCGGUCGAACUUCAGGCAGGUGAUGCGCUGUUCAUUCCAGAGGGCUGGUGGCACCAGGUAGAUAGCGGCCCCGAAACCACAAUCGCUGUCAAUUACUGGUGGCGGUCCGCUCUGACGCAGCUCCUAACGGCCCCACCGCCGCCGCUGCCGCCCGCUGCGCUAGCUGCAGCGAUGCUCAGCGCCGAGAAUUCCCCUCGCGUCACUGUGCCGUACCGUCCUUCCGUCACACCACCCUCGGCGGCGACCUCGGCCCUGGACGCAGCGACAGCGGCAGCCGCGACGGAUGCAACUUCACCCGUGCCACCGUCACCAAAAGUACCAAAGGCAGCGGGGCCGGCAGCGGCGGCGGAUCCGCUGGUCAUGGGCCUCUCGUCGGCGAGGCCUGCUGUGCUUUCCGCAUCCUCAUCUUUAGCAGUAGGUCCUGGACCCGGGCUCCGAAACCUUUUCGCACUGCGGCAGCUCGCGCGAGCUGCCAUUGAGGACAUAGCGGAGGGACUCCUGGCGCCGCUACUGCCGUACGCAACCGGGCUGCUGCUGCGGCUAGCCCCCGGCGAGGCUGCGUCGCUCGGGCUCCUCGGCAACCCCGUAGCUUCCGCCCUGGCGGCUCUGACACCGGAACUGUUGGCGGCCGCGUUGGACGAUAUGUGCCGCACAGCACCAUACCUUGUUUCGGAGCUGUUGACUUGUUGCUGCCGUGUCGCGGCGGUGGCGUGCCUGCUGACGCGCGCGUUUGACCAGAUGGGUACGGCAUCGGACCCAGCGGCGGCAGCACCGGCGGUGGACGCAACCGCUGGCCCAGCGGUAGCGGCAGUGGCGGCGCCAGACACAGCGACGGGUACGACAGUGACUGCUGCGAACGGACACGGAAUCACGGACACGGAAGAGGUCACUGAACGCGGAGAUGUCGGGCGUACUGCCGCGUGCUGUGGGAAAGCUUCCGCUGCUACUGCAACUAUUGCUAGUGCUAUGGUUACUGUGGAUAUAAGUAAGGUGGGGGCUGUCGGCUGCUGUGGUGGAGUCGUCGAAGGCGAUAGCGGCGGUGGCGGAGGGGUUGAUGGCGGCGGCGGCGGCGGCGGCACCUUCCCGGCGGGCGGCAGCCGUGCGGACGGGGUUUCGGAGGACCGGCCGGCCAAGCGGCGCCGGUACGGCAGCGGCAUGGGGCAGGAAGCGGAAGACUGCAGGGGACGUGUGGCGGGGGAGGCUCCUGCUGCGCGCGCGAGCAGCGGAGGUGAUGGUGGGAACAACUUGCGGAGAAAAAGUGGCGGCACAGAUGCUGCAGCUGACCUCGCCGCCCUGAAUGACGGCGGCGGCGACGCCGGCGCGUUCGUACCCAAGGGCUUCUUUGCGCGACUGUACGGCACUGUAGACGAUCCGGAUGAGGUGUUUCAACUGCUCCUGGACGGUCGUGCCGCUCUCAACACCGCCGCCCGGAGGGUCCUGCUGGAGUCCGUGCUGGCCUGA